AUGCGUUUCUCUCUCCCAGCUCUUGUCCUCUUCCUCUCUGUCGUUAACGCCUCUCCUCUUCCCAAGAACGAAAAGGCCGCUGCGGCAUCCUCCUCCGUAAUUUCGUCGGCCUCAGCCGCAGCAUCCUCCUCCGUAAUGUUGUCGGCCUCAGCCGCGGCAUCCUCCUCCGUAAUGUCGUCGGCCUCAGCCGCGGCGUCCUCGUCCGCGAUUGCGUCAGCCACAGGCACAGCCGCGGCAUCCUCCUCCGUAAUUUCGUCGGCCACCGGCUCCUCAACUGCUGCAGCCACAUCGGCAGCGUCCAGCUCAAAUUCCACUGCUUCAGCCGGAAGUGUUUUGACCUCUUCGGCAUACAAUGAUUUCCAAAUAUCCGCGGGAACUGCCGGAUCCGCUAAAGAUGAAGCCAAUGCGCUCUUUACCGGUAUCGAUAUGAACAAUCUCGCUGCUGUUUCUGCAGCUGAUCUUAAGAUCAUUCAAGGAGUUCAUGAUGCUGCUGAGGAUGCUGAAGUCGACGGGUUCAAUCCAGCCAUUGCGGCCGCUACCGGUGAUGCUGCUACUGCCCUUCAGAACGGCAAAAUCAAGAACAAGGUUCUCAAACUCACCGCCGAAGUUCUUUCUCUUCAAAUCAAGGUAGCUCAAGGAAAAACUGCAGAUCCCGCGCCCGAACAGAAAAAGUUGGCCAAUAAUAUUAGAUUGGAUACUGCGGCUGCAGGACAAGCCAGUACCCCCGUUAGUUUCGAUGCUACGAGCUAG